UGAUCGCUUCCAAAUCCACGAACUCAACUUUUUGAGGGUAGCGGAUUUUUCAUUUGACCUACCUCUAACUCAUUGGCCUUCCAAUUUCCCCACCAAAACAUGACCAAUCACAAAAGUCAGACCUUCUCUCAAUCAUGACGGACAGACAUCGAUCCAUCGGCCUUGGACGGAGUCUGACCCGCCUCUGAGGCCAGCCUUGACCCCCAUGACCGCCUUGGCGGGAUGUCCCGAGGCCUGGACCGCCCAUGGUCCGGAUUGGGCGCAAUUGGCCGAGCGAUUGCGGUGUCGGAUCUGCUACGACCUCUACCAGGCCCCCGUCAUCACGGGCUGUGGCCACCAUUUUUGUGCCCAGUGUAUCCGUAAUUACCUCAACUAUAAACCGCAAUGCCCGUUAUGUUACCAGGACACUUUCGAGGCGGAUUUGCGGCCCAAUCGGGAUUUCCAGGCCAUUCUCGAGCUUCUCUUGGAGCGUAUCCUACCGCAAAUGGCCGCCCAGACCCGAAUCUCUGCCCCUUCGGCCCCACUCCCACCGGGACCGGCCCCGCCAGGCUCGGCUCCCACCUCGGCCCAGACCGCUCCCGCUGCGUCGGACGAGCGAGGGGCGUGUCCGGUGUGUGGGGUGGCCAUUCCCCGGCGAAAUUUAAAUCGCCAUGUGGAUGGAUGUCUGGCUUCGGUCCCAAGGGUGACGGCCAUUGGGCUGGAGGAGAGGUCCGAGCCCGUAUCGCCUGCCCCGGUCUUGAAGCCCGUUCAGAAGGUGGUGUAUCAUCUGUUGAAAGACGCGGAGCUGCGCAAACGUCUCAAAGAGCAUGGAUUGGACACCAAAGGCACUCGGGUAGCCCUGAUCAGUCGUCAUCAACGAUUUAGUGUCUUGUGGAACACCAACUGCCAAUCCACUAAGCCUGUUUCGAAGCUCCAAAUCGUGAUGCAAGUUGAUCGGGAAGAGAAGUUGCUCAAACAGGCACGAUCUGGGACGAUUCGCCCGCCUCAAUUGAACUACAGCCGAAAUACCGAUCAAAAGGAGAUCGAGUCCAAGUCUAAGGAUUACUUACAAGCCCAUCGGGGCCAAUUCUCGGAUUUAAUAGCUCAAGCCCGACAGAAUCAAAGGCGGACGCGGGUCCAAAAUCCCGCUGCCCCAACUGCCCCCAAUCCUGAGCCCGUCAUUCACGAAAAUACGGAUACUUCCGACUCUAACGAGGUAUGCAUACUCGCGGAAACGCCCACAAAAUCGUUGAACUCGUCUCGCAACUCCAGCAUGAUCGAUUCUUUGGAUCAAGGGAUCUUGGAAAAACCAUCCCGGGCAUCGAGAAAGGAAUCCAUUUUCUUUCAACCCACGGGAUCUAAGGCUCGCGGGAACCUGUCCCACAACUCCAGUCUCGUGGAUUCCAUGGAUCAAGUAACCUUGGACAAACCUGCCCAUAAAGCUAGUAAAGAAUCCGGACGAGCUCAGCCCACGGGAUCAGUGGGUUCAACUAUAUACGUGACACCCAAGCGAAAAAAUGCCCGUGACCUAAUGCAAGAUCUGUCGCCCAAACGGUUGAAACAGAAAAACAUCGAGUCUAGUCUCAAAAAGGGAACUCCCAAAUCCGGCUCGAACAAAUCCAAAUGUCCUGUGUGCGAACAAGAUGUACCUAAUGUUCAUAUGAAUGCUCAUUUAGACCGUUGUUUGAGAACAACGGCCUUCACGCCUUCCGAGGACGAAUUCAUGGACUCCAUGAUCGAAGAUAGUGAUAGCGAGAAAUCGAAUCUCGAUUUAAGGAAUCUCGCCAUGCGGACUCAGAAUUCUCGACGAGCCAAGUCGAGAGCCAUUUUAAAUGUGACCCAAGUGCCUUCUAGUGAUGAAGAGGAUGCCAAUGAUUUCGUUGCGGAUGAAAAGGAAAAUGCGACAGUUCGAAGCCAACCCUUUGUAGGCAAGGGCAAGGGCAUUGGCAAAAGAUCGACCCGAGUUCGAGGGUCACGUACCCAAAAAGCUGUAUGACCACAAAUUUCGUUUGAAUUGACAGUGACAUGGAUCAUAAAAAACAUGAAUAUAAUUUUCUGAGUAUAA